AUGUCUAAAGGAGCGCCUGCAAUUCUUGAAGAUGGCGUCGCUGCCGGCGGCGGCGGACACCCUUCUCUUCCUGACAGUGGCUCGGCCCCUAUAUACACGGGCUUCUUUCCGGGACAGGGUCAGCAGAUGGAACAGGAUGGCCAACAGAGAAGCAGUCUCGGGUCCAAUGCUACACCACAUCCGAGAAAUUCGAAGCGUUCAGCUCAGUACGACAGCCCAGCACCUUCAGAUGGCACGCUUACUAAGCGGCGCCGAAUAUCCAAGGACGUGAGCCAGCAGCCAGGCAUGAGCAUAGAAUCACAGGCGCUGUCGCCCGACUUGACAGCAUCACCAGCGUUGAGCCAUGGCUUCAGCAGCGCUUCACCCCAGCUAUCAGCCUCCAGGAGCUUCGAACCUCACAAAGCCACCAAUAACAGGCCGCCCAACGCCAGCAUGGGUGCAAGCCUGGGCUUGCACCAGCAGCAACAACCACAGCGCUUCUACGCCCAACAGUCGCAGCACCCAUCUCCCAGCGCCAAGAAGUCAAUGGCUGGCGCCUACGGCGCGCAACGACAUGUCCACCUCUCGCCCCAGAUGAUUUACACGCAACAGCCGCAGCCGCAGCCGCCCAUGAGCAACCCAAUAGGAUCCCUCGGCCACCACAGCACCAGCCUCAGUCGCAGCAUGAGCGGCGGCCACCACCAGUACUCGCCGGGCAUGGGAAGGCAAGAUUCAGGGGGAAACGGCGCUCCUGGAUUGGCCCAGCAAGGAGGUGCGGGCGCUGCCAGGGGCCAGCUGCUCCGGGGUGGAGCUGGACAGGCCCAUGGGUUCCACAGUCAUCAACAUCAGCAGGCUACAUCGCAGCCUAACACGCUGGGCUCCUUCCACAGCAUCAACGAGCAGAGUUAUUUGAACAUGGACUACGGCCUCACGGAGCGGGACGUCCAGGACGCGGCAGCCGUCACGGCGCUUGGUAGUCCGUCUCAGCUGGAAACGACUCUGGCCCAGCCCAAGAUGCGGGACCACCACAUGUUCCAGAGCAUCGGAGACAGUGACGCCAACGCCCAAUCCCAGAAAUCUGACCAAGGAGAAAGGACGCCUGGAGACGUCGCCAUCUCCCCGGGCCUUUUCCCCCGGUUCGUGUAUGUUUUGUUUUCAAUCUCUUCAUCUGACGUUGGUGCCGCGGCGUUGGAGAAUCAUCCUUGGUGA